AGAGAAGAAAAAGAAAGCGUGAGAGACAGGUGUAAAGAGUGCCUGUGAGGGACAGAAGAAAAGAAACGUAACUAAAAAAGGAAUCAGAAGGUAAGAAGGAGGGGAGAGAGAGUUGAGAAAGAGAGUGAGUAACAGAAGCACAGAGCACGUGGCGUGCAGACAGAAGAGCCGAGAGAAUAAGAGCGCUCUCUCACCCCAUCUUCACAGAGAGCAGCUAAUGAACUAAGAGAGCGAGAGACGGCACGUAUAAAACAAGCGAUCUGCCACCUGUGGAAACUUUCUGACACCUACAAGACCGUCAGAAAACAUCAUUUGGUUGCACAUCUAAAGAAGAGACGCUUCUCUCAUGGAGAAUAACGUAAAUGCUGAGACAAUGGGGGACUGACAGGACACUCUUUUGACCUCUGCGCUGACACCUUUUAGGAUGGAAAGGCACUUUAAUGGAUUUCUGACGAUUUCCUGUGACAGUUUUCUGUCAGUUUUGAGUUUGGAAGAUUCAGAUUGCAUGAACGAAGUGUUAACUCUUUCAACAUGGCUGCUGUUGGCAAAAAGAGCCGACUUUAUCCCACACACUUCCAGAAUGUGAUUACAACACUCUCAGAUGCCAGACAAGCCAACAUGUUCCACAAACCCCCAAAAACCUGCCUUAUCGUGACGGAUUCAAGAUGUUAAAUCCGGGUUGGCAGCUGAACUUCAGGGCAUCAUGGUCAAUGUGACGCCCAGUAUAGACCCAGCGGCGGCCUACGAGAGGUACAACUACCUCGCGUUGAUAUGUGGAGUUCCUCUCAUCCUCAUCAUCAUCUUGGGGAAUGUGCUUGUGUGCCUCAGUGUGUUUACUGAACGCUCCCUCAAAACCGCAACUAACUACUUCAUCGUCAGUUUGGCUGUGGCUGACCUCCUGCUGGCCGUGCUGGUCCUCCCGCUCUACGUCUACUCUGAGUUCCUGGGAGGCAUGUGGACUCUGAGUAUGUACAUCUGUGAUGCCCUAAUGACUAUGGAUGUGAUGCUCUGCACUGCUUCCAUUUUGAAUCUAUGUGCAAUUAGUGUGGACAGGUACAUUGCAGUAGUGGUCCCUCUGAAGUACAACAGGAACCAGUUUAGUGUUCGUCAGCUAGUCUUGAUCACAGCAACCUGGGUGCUAUCCCUGGGUGUAGCCAGUCCUGUCAUAUUCGGCUUGAACCAGGUGCCAAACAGGAACCCUCAUGUGUGUAAGCUGGAGGACAACCAGUUUGUGAUCUACUCCUCCAUCUGCUCCUUCUUUGUCCCCUGCCCUGUCAUGCUUUUCCUGUACUACUGGAUGUUCAGGGGUCUAAAGAGAUGGAGCUCUGGCCGUAGCAGAUCACACCUCCACCGGCCACCCAGAGGGCGUAGGAGCCUGUCUUUGCGACUAGGAGCAGCUCUACAGAAAGAGAAGGGACAGGCAAGGGAGAAAGUAGUGUACCUUAUGCCUGUAGGUCUUAGUCCGACAUCUCUCACCGCUACCCCGACUACUCCAAUCUCCCCAGCCAGCCCGGUAACCCUUACCACAGAUGAGCAGGCAGAAGGUCAGAUGCCGGCAGCAGAGAGUGACCCCAUGACCAACCAGAUGGACAGUGUAUCGGACGCAGAGAACCCUGAGCGGGCCACUGAGGAUGAGAGCGGCCGGGAGAACGGUGUGGGGAAGAACCAUCGGUCUCAUACGGGACGAUGCCACAGCAAGAGCAACAGGGUGAGCGGACGGGAGCGGAAGGCGAUGAAGGUGCUGCCAGUGGUUGUGGGUGUUUUUCUGGCCUGCUGGACUCCUUUCUUCGUGGUCCAUGUGACUAAGGCGCUGUGUGAGUCAUGUGACAUCGGCCCGAUGCUGAUCAGUGUGGUCACGUGGCUUGGAUAUGUGAACAGCGCCAUCAACCCUAUCAUCUACACUGCCUUCAAUGUGGAGUUCAGAAAAGUCUUUCACAAACUGCUUUGCUGUCGCUCAUGAGGCCAAAUGCUCUAUUUAGCACAAAUCUUAAUUCAUGAUGAAUCACUGAAUAAUUCAACAAAUAAUCAUAAAAAAACACAUUCAAGAUCUGAGCACACAAUGGUCUUGGAAUUGUCUAAAGAAAUUAAAAAUUAAACAACAACAGAUUACUGAAAGGAAUGAUGGACAAAAACAGCGCAGUGGAAUGUACCAUUGAGGAAAACUUCUGAUGCCUUUGUUAAGUGAACAUUUUCUUGUAAAAUUACUGCUUGAAUGCUGCAGUAUAUAACAAAAUACUAUUGAUUUCAUAGCCCAGAGGCAUAAAAUAUGUGAAAACAGUCAUCUGUGCUUGAUAUGUGAUUGGUAUCAGUAUUAAUUUAAUUUUUGUGGAUGUUUUUUUUCCUCUUCCUUUUUUGUUUUUUUUU